AUGGGAGCGCCGUCGACGGGACAAUACAAGCUGGGCUUCCUUGGGGGCGGCAUGAUGGCAGAGGCCUUGAUCGGCGGGAUCUUAAAAAAGUCCCUCGUUUCGCCGGAGUCUAUUUUCGUGUCUGACAUGAGCGCCGACCGUUUGGCCGUGCUGGAGAAGAAGUACAAGGUUCGGACGACGCAAGAGAACGGCGAAAUUGUUUGGCAGUCCGACGUAUCCUGUGCAAAAGUAUCGUACUCGUAUAAAUCCGCUGCUGGCAUGCAUAUAACUUCUCACCAACCUCUCACCAACUUAUCAUGAACUUCUGCCCAAGCUUUUCACCAACUUCCCAGCUGUUGAGAAGUUGGCGUGGACCCUUUACCGCGGUUGUUGGGAAGCUUGAUGCGGAGUUGAAAUCCGCACCAAGCUCCCCACAAGCUUGAGCUUCUGGCUAGGACGUCUGAAAAGGAAUAUUCGUCCGGGCCUCGAUUCGUGGCCGCGUACGCAGUCACGAAUCAGGCUCCGUGAUGGCCCUACUUCGGCUGCUAAGCUUGUGGAAGAUAAUUUGAUAAUCUUCUGCACCAGGAGACUUUCGAGGUCCUUGUCGUGCACAAAGCAAGCACUUCUCGACGAACACCCCGGCGCAUUUCGCGGUAAGCUUCGAGCUUUUGGAGGCGUCAUGCAAGUUUUUGCAUGACGCCUCCAAAAGCUCGAAGGUUGCCGCGAAAUGCGCUGGGAUGUUCGUCGAGAAGUGAAGCGAGAAGUUGUUGAGAAGUUGUUGAGAAGUAAGUUAUUCAAUUCGGCCAUAAUUGAUGUAGGACGCACGCAACGUCGCGGCUUUUUGUUAAAACAAUUAAAACGCAAGCACAAAUCAACUCACUUAUUUAAUAUAGGCAAUUGACUAAUUAAUAGAUUAAUCAAUUGAUUACGAAGUGGCGCCAAGUGAAAACGGAGCAGGGGCAAAGCUUGCACGCCGAAGCGGCGCGCAGCUCCACGCACAUCGUCGAAGGCAGCUAUUCUCCCUUCCGGCGCUUCCGUCUUUGAUGGCUGCACGCAGGACAGGUGCGCGCGCGCAGACAUCACGGUCGCGCUUCCUGCCGCCUCUUGUAUACGGCUUUGCGCGUGGUGCCGUCGUGCUAACUGAUGAGACUGCGCUGCAGAUAAAUGGACAGAACAGGACUGCCGUCUUCUUCCCAUUUGUCUGCAGCGCUGUUCCUUCCCGCUCCAAGCAGCGAGCACGAUAUAACUCGCAGCGGCGGAGUGACGCGUCGCUUGGUCGAGGCGAGAACGACGCCAGCACGCCGCGCCACUUCUCACCGACCUCCGCACCAACUUCGCGGCCGACUUCUCGCCAACUUCUCCGUCAGUUUACGCAUAAAAAUGCUAGCGGAUUUAUACGAGUGCGAUACUUUUGCACAGGAUACGACGUGAUCCUUAUCGCCGUAAAGCCGCAGGGUUUCCCCGCCUUGUGCAAACAGGUGGAUCAGUUUUUGGAAACGAAGGCGUGCCAGCCACCUGGAGCAAACUCAUCUCCAAAACCGCGGUAUCCGGCUGGCAAGGUGUUUGCGAGCAUUAUGGCGGGGGUAACGCUACUACGCAUUGCAAAUUGAAUUUAUAUGUCUGGGUCUGGAAUAAACCUGUAAUGCUAUUAGCGACUGCAGAUCAACAUGCUUAUAUUUAUAAUACAUACCGCUGAGUGGAGCCCAGCGUGACAAAUUCUGAGGCGCUUUCUGAUGCGUAGCGCGCUCGCGCAUUAGAUGAAACUGCGCUUUUUCAUAUAGGAAACAGAGCUCGUCGCUUUUGUAUUUGUUGGUCCUGCAGUACAGAUUCUGCAGGAAUCCAGAACACGCAAUGCAGGUUCAACUUUUAUUCCCGACCCAGAGUACAUAUUUGCGAUCCAUAACUGCAGACGCUGGGGGAAAGCAUCGGACGACACGGUGACGUAGUGCGGGUCAUGCCAAUAUCAACUGCAAAUAUGUGUGGGUCUGGCAGAUUACCAGGUUUGUCUCUGUCUGGCAUAUUUUGCAUGACCCGUGAUGCUUGUGAUGCAUGCGCUAGCAUCACAGAUUUUUUGAAGCAAGGCUUCCUGAUGCCUAUCUCGCAUGUUGACAAAUGCCCUCCCCUCGUAGCACAAACUGGACUCCUCUUGCUGGUCCUUACGCAAUACAGAUUUUCAUUUUUUUAGACUCCAAAGACAGCAUGAUCACAAAGUGCAACCUUCCAGAGGACCCAGACCUAUUUGCAGUUGAUAGCCCAACACACCCGCCAUGGUCAACGCAGCGGCGUCCGCCUACGCCCUCCACCCCCUGCACUUCUCGAAGGACGGCGAGGCAAAGGUGCCCUUUGUGGAACAGAUCUUCAGCAGCAUCGGAAUUUGCUGUCAGGUACCUCUACGGAUACGACAACUUGUUUGUCAUUGAAGGUCUUCUACUUGAUUCGUUUGGUUGCAGAAAGAACUAGAGCCAGCCCAAGAAACUAGAAAAAAAAUUUCUUUACUUAUUCUUGCUUUAGUGAAUAAAAUGAACAUGGAUUUACUUCCACGACGUAUAUGUUGUAUAAUGGCUGUGUUAGAAGAAAUGAAUGCCGUGACGAUCUUCUUCUGACCUAAAACUCAACUCCAUCUGUAUCUCAUUACACGAUCCGACACCACCACCACCACCACCAGCUUCCGUCUGAGACUUACAUGGAUGCAGUGACUGGGCUCUCUGGAUCAGGACUAUCGACCGAGUAUCGAAGUAGUUCUAAUAUUACCUGCGCCGGCAAGAACUACGCCGCGACCUUUCCUCCGGAGACAUGCAUUUUUUGAAUAAUACUUGCUCGUUGCGCUUCCGGUUGUACUUAACUCUAAAGUGCCUUACGUUAAAAGCAAUUCAAAAUGAUUUCAAAAGGAAUUCAAAAAAGUGCACUUUUCGUUUUUCCGUAAAAUUGGGUGUGGAUUUCCUUCAUUUUUUCGGAUGCGUGGCUUCUUUUUUCGGCGUCUAAUUUCCGCCCUGUGUCUGGCGGCCUAGCGCAAUAGAAAUUGGGCGGGGCGGAUUGGUAAACGCGCGCUCAGCUGCGGUAGUGGGUCUCUGUUUCGGGCACAUGACUGGAUGGAAUGUGCCCAGGUUUUGUGUGCCAGUUGGUGCUCCUACCACGCUUUGCAGCGAAUCGCUUCCAUGUAUGCCCAGGACCUAGGCACUCAGCUCGGGCUCCUCUAGAACCUCUGCGCUAGGUACAAAGACGUUGGGAUGCAUUCUGUUUUGUGUUAUUGUUGAAGCUGCUGCCUGGGAGACAUGUUUAUGACCGAUCCUGGGAGUGCUUUUUGUGUAAAGGCUUUCCUUCGUGAUCUUCUCCAGCCCCUCUUUCUUUCAGAGUAUUGUGGUAUAGCUUGCGGGACGUCGAUAGGCCCGGCUUCACGCCGAAGGGCUUUUCGACAACGUUUCGGAAGAGGGAUUCCGAUACUCCAAAGGGCCUGCAGUAAAGCAAGCCAACUCAAGAGGCCCCGGCUCUUGAGAAAUCUCCUCUCGCCAGAUUCAAAAAAUAGUUGGAAAUAAGUUGGAAGCCAACUUUUUUCUGUUUCCCAUACUAAGAAUCCCUGAUCCAACUAGUUUUGAACUUGUGUCCAACUUAUUCCCAACUUUUUUUUUGAAAUUGCCCAGGGCCGCCAAUUUCUUUUUGAAUUGUCUCGGGGGCGCCAAUUUCUUUUUGAAUUCCAUCUCACCCGCCAAUUUCUUUUUGAAUUCCGUUCAGGCCGCCAAUUUCAUUUUGAAAUUGCUCAGGCCCGCCAAUUUCCUUUUGAAAGUGGGCACUCUGUAUGAUGUCGCUAUGGUAUUGAUUUGGUCUGUGUCCUGGGAUAUAUGUUAGGCCCUAACGAGGCCCGCUCAAUCGGGGGGAGAGGCUGCCUCUGGGCUAUCUUUCGGCCGCUCCGGGAACAGAAUUGCGUUGGCCCCGUGCGCUGCGGCUUUGCGCGGGCGUGGUGUCUGUCAGAGGAAUUGCCGAGGGCCCAUGGCGGCCCAAUCUGAAGCGGCCACGCCAUUUUCCAGAGCUUGUGGCCGUGCCAAUUCCAAGCCACACACCCUCCCGAAUGAAGCACGCGCAAAAGUGGAUGGCCUUGCGUUAUUCAAGCAACUUACCCCGCGCGGGCACACGGCAUAGGGCCCAAGAAUGGCCCGCAUCCGGGUCGCGGUCUUUCAUUUUGGCGGGAGAUUCGGCAUUUCUAUGGGAAGGCGAAAGUUGAAAACCUUGACUUUUUGAAUUCCUUUUGAAAUCAACAUUUUGAAUAUGAAUUAACGCCAGGGCGCUUUGUGAUUAACGGUUGUGCAUAGAAUAUAGUCGAUGGUAAAUUUUUUCAAGAUCUCUAGCGGCAAAAUGAAAAAAAAUCCUGCGAGGCUCACAGUGGAAGCAGGAUAGAAGGCUCGUCUCUUCUAAUUAUAUUGUGCUGUUUGAAAACUAUUUAUUAUGCGGUGAUUUUUGCGACGCUCCUGGUUUCCGUUAAAAAGCACAGCUUCCUCUUCUAAAUUGCAUUUUCGUAAAGUAGGUAAAGGUGUAUUAAAAACUCUCGGCCCGCGACCCGCUUGUCAUGAUGAAAUAAGUAGAGUUGUGCAGUACUUCAUCUAACUUGCAGCUCUUGACGAGCUUGGUCCUUCUCCUUUUGCCGGCGCAGCACAUCACAGAACUUCUCCUUUCCUCGGUGAUACAGGCCCGCGUACGUGUAUAUGAUGAUCGAGGCGCUUAGUGACGGUGGCGUGAAAAACGGGUUGCCCCGGGCACUGGCCCUCCAGCUUGCCGCGCAGACGGUGAUGGGUAGCGCCAAGAUGGUGCUCGAGAAGGGUGAGCACCCAGCCGUGCUGAAAAAUCAAGUGGAGUCCCCCGCCGGGACAACGAUCGCCGGCACGGCGAAGCUCGAGGAGCAGGGCUUUCGGAACGCCAUCGUGCAGGCAGUUUCUGCGGCAACGCAGCGCAGCGCGGAACUCGGCGCGAAAAAGUGAUUUGUUUAUAUCGUAAAGUAUCGAAUUCAUCUUAUCCUUCAUAUCUGCUCGAGCAACUGCUCGCUUCCUCGCUUUUAAGUAAAUCUCAUCAACUUCCGCGACGAGCGCGAGGAGGUCUCUGCGCUGCUGGUAUUUGCGAGUUAUCUCCUGGGGGAGGCGCCGGGGGCCAAAAAUCAGUACCAGAACGAUCAAAUUUUUUUAUCGAGGCCCGGUAUAAUUAUGGCUGAUAUCCCUUCAGUUUACCACGAGAUAAAAAAGUGUCGAUAUUCGGCUCGCACAUCAUGACUCGCGCAAAACGAGAAACGCAACGACUUUCAUCUGUCCCCGGAAUCAAUGAAGAUGUACCACAAAGGGGGCGCCACGUAUUGGUAUUAGAUUACGCAAGAACCACAACUACCACAUAUUUUGUG